ACGUCAAUUAAAGAGAAAAAUAUCCUUUGGGGAUGAUUUACGUGACUGUUGCAUGAUGUGACGUGUUCUGAGUAUAUCAUGGACUUUGUGCAAAUCUUGAGUGGUCCAGAAGGAUCUGGUGGGAGCGAACGUUUAAAUAGCUUGAAUCUCUAUGGGUGCGCGUGAGUUCAAUGUUACGGCUCUAAAAUUUUCGUCCACGGUGUUAUUCAGUGUUUUAACGUACGGGAAGUAUGGUUGUCACAACGCAACAAAUAGUAAGUGACGUUUCUUGAUCGAUCGAAUAUUGGUGGCGUGAUUUUUGCAUGAAACGUUUAUGAAAAGAUGUGUGCAAAUUUUAACUAAAUUACUCUCUUAAAUCUUGCUUCGAUUGUUAUAAUCUUCGGUCUCAUUAUCGUUGUAAAUUUCGUUUGAGGAAGCACGCGGAGAAACAUUAUUAUUCCAUCCGCAUACUGAUACAUGAAUGGCACGUCCCAAUAAAUCAAUUAAUUGGAGAUACAACUUGAAUAAUCAAUGACUAGGGGGUGAUCCUUGUAAAGCUAAACAAUGUAGCUCCUACAAUAUUUCUUAUGAAGUUUUAUUUUAAAAAUGGUACAUCAGUGAGAUAUCUUGUUAUUUUCGUUUACUAUUUAAAGAAGAUUUUAACACAUUUUGUACGAAAAGUGCUUCUACUGGAAAAACUUGUACACAGUUGUACCCACUGCGUGUGCUAACGUGUUAAUUUGUUUUAGCCGAUUCGAACACGAAAUAAUUAACCGAAGCGUGAUAACAGAAGUGAUGGCCGUUGUGGAAAAAGAUUUCUCUAGAAAAGUCGUGAAAUGGGACCAGACACCAGGUGGGGUGUGGACUUACCUCGUUAUUUUGGCCAGCAUUUACAUUUUGUAUAUUCUGAAGAGUUAUAUCAGAACCGUCAUAUUUGUGUCUCGUUUGGACGGACCGAAAACUGUGCCUUUUCUCGGAAAUGCCAGAUGCGUUCUCAAAGAUAAUCUGCUCUACAGAUUGGCCCACGAAAAUCAAAUGUACGGACGCAUCGUCAGGAUAUGGCUGACAGGAUUGCCAUACGUAAUACUGGUCGAACCGGAAGACAUCCAAAUAGUCCUCGGCAGUAUGAAGCACACACGCAAGAUAUUCUUCUAUAAACUACUAGACAAUUUCCUCGGGAAAGGCUUGAUCACCAGGGACGUGGAUACCUGGAGAACCCACCGGAAAUUCUUGCAGCCCGCUUUUCAUCUCCAUAUUCUCGAGAGAUUUACGAGUAGCUUCGCUGAAUGCGCAGACUGCUUGAUGAACGAGUUCCUGAAGCAGGAUCGUCAAGAAAUAAACAUCACCUCUUUCAUCAAUGAUUCCGUGUAUGAUAUCUUGAGUGAAACUGUUUUGGGCAUCAACCGACGGUCUGGCUUAGCAUCGGACGACGAUUUACCUUUCAGAAAAGGACAAAUAAUGCUACUAUACCGCAUGGUGAGACCCUGGCUGUUAAUCGAAUGGAUCUACCGACUGACAAAACACGGAAGGCAAGAAGAAAAGCAACGAAAGGACUUGUUCGACACCUGCUUCAAAAUGAUGAAGGAGAAACGUGACGUCCUACGAAAUAAGGAUGCUACCACGAACGUCACGAAUACCAAAAAGAUCUCUUUGCUCGAGUACAUGGUUGAAAUGAACGAAAAGAAUCCUUGCUUCACAGACGAGGACAUCGUUGAGGAGUGUUGUACGUUCAUGUUGGCUGGACAGGAUUCGGUUGGUACCGCGACCGCAAUGACGAUAUUCCUUUUGGCAAACCACCCUGAAUGGCAAGAGAAAUGUUUGGAGGAGGUCGAUAAUAUUUUUGAUGGGGACUCGAGGCCGCCUACGAUGAAGGACCUGAGAGAAAUGAGGUGCUUGGAGAUGUGUAUUAAAGAAGCUCUUCGACUGUAUCCUAGCGUGCCGAUUAUAGCGAGGAUACUUGGAGAGGAUGUCAAGAUUGGGAAACACGUAGUACCAGCUGGUUGUGGUGUGUUCAUAUCACCCUACAGCACCCAUAGGUUGGCUCAUCAUUUUCCAGAUCCUGAAGCAUUCAAACCUGAACGAUUCAGUCCAGAAAACUCAGAGAAGAGGCAUCCUUACGCUUACAUACCUUUCAGUGCUGGGCCAAGAAAUUGCAUCGGCUACAAAUUCGCGAUGCUGGAAAUGAAAUGUAUGGUCAGCGCAAUUCUCAGGAAAUGUCGAUUGGAGUCUAUUCCCGGCAAACAGGAGGUGAGACCAAAAUUCAGGAUGACAAUCAGAGCGCAAGGAGGACUCUGGGUGAAAGUGGUAGCACGAGAUAAAAAAUUGAAUACUGUAGUAACUUAGCUUAAUUUAAUAUUGACGAUAAGAAGUUUUUGCUCAGAUUACGUGUAAAUUAUUGCUCUUUGUACCACUUCGAGUGUAUAAUAAUCGUGAGUCUUCGAUUUUUCCAUUUUUAAAACGUACCUUGUAUGCUAGUUUCGUUCAACGAAAAGUCGACGAAUUUUUAAAUAGUACCUUAUAAAAUAGUUAUAAUAUACUUUGUAAUGUGUAUAUAAAAAAAUCAUUUAUAUCUUUAUUUCGUGGUUUGAUAAUAAAGAAACUUGUGAGUAAAUAUUUGAGUGAGCGUUGAA